CCUCCUUUGCUUUCCUAACAACCAAAUCGAACUGUACAGCGACAGCCCGGACCCGUUCGCCGUAGGGCAGUGUAUAAAUGUACAGAUUAUACUUCAGGCUCAUCGUGGCUGUUUUACACGAACUGAUAAGAUGUGCAAUAUUGGCAUUUAAAGUUUUUAUUUUAUGUCAUUGUUUAUUUACUUGAGUUUUUGUAAGUUUUUGAAAGUUUAGUGGGCUAACGCUUUUAUAAAGAUCCGUGUUUUUGUUGUUGUAUAAUGGUAUUAUUGGGUUACCCGGGUAUAGUAUUGAUACAAUAUUACCACUACAUGACCGGACCGUGUUCAUACUGUAGCUAGUUACUGUUGCUCAUUGAUAACAUAGUUAAGUGACUGUAAAAUCAGUGGCCAAUGUUGUUCUAUCUUUAAGGGUCGAGGUUGCUAGCUAGCUUUGCUAACAGUGUUAUUGUUAAACCUCUAGCUGGCUGCACGUUAGCAAGCAAUAAAACACAUGCGGGAGCACUGAUUUUAUACUACGAGAGACGACUUUUUUUAAAGGAAUAUGGAAACCACUGUUGAUGUAAACCACAUUUUCCCUGAAAGGAUUACAGUUUUGGAUCAAAACCUGAUUGCAUUUACAAAAUCGCUGGGAAGGUCAGAUCCUCAAUCUCUAAUUGCAGCAGUAAUUGAUGAACUUGGAAGAGCCUCAGCCAAGGCCCAAUACUUGACAGCACCAAUCACAAGUGCAUCAAAGCUGCAGACCAACAAGCACCAUCUCUACCUGCUGAAAGACCGAGAAAGCAACGGAGGAAAGGGACUUGCAGUGGGUUUUCUAAAGGUUGGCUGUAAGAAGUUAUUUCUGCUUGACCAGCGAGGGGCGCAUGUUGAGACGGAGCCUCUGUGUGUCUUGGAUUUCUUCGUGACAGACCACUUUCAGAGGCACGGCUACGGACUGGAGCUGUUUAGCUUCAUGCUGCAGCACAAAAAGGUAGAGCCAGUGAUGAUGGCUUACGACAGGCCCUCCCCUAAGUUCCUCUCUUUCCUGGAGAAGCAUUACUGUCUGAAAAACGGUGUACCUCAGGUCAAUAACUUUGUGGUGUUUGAUGGUUUCUUCACCAACAGAUCAGCGGCCCAGUUGAGAAAGGUUCCCCCCAUAAAGCUGGACGGAGAGAUCAAGCCCUACUCACUAACACAGAGAGGAGCUGUGGGAGAGGAACAGAGGGCUCUCUCCUGGCCUUUGUGUUGCCCCGCGGCUCCUCCCUUCUCUCCUCCGUUGUCGGUAUCCUCCCCGUGCUCCCCAAGCAGGGCCCACCAGUGCCCCAACCCGGCCCUGGCCCCAGCAUCUGCCCCUGGGGUCUACAGGGGCCCGGCCCCCAACCCCCCACUCAUCGGCAACCUCAACUACAGGGUAAAACGCACCAGCCAACAGGGCCUAGUUGCCAGGGGAAACCUCUACAGUCGCUACAUCAACACCCGGGGCUUUGGGCUGUUGUUGGAGACCCAGCAGAACACCUUCAAACUGCCAGGUUUGACACCAUUAUUGAGAGAGAGAGAGACUGACACGGGGGGACAGACAGACCCCCUGGGACACACAGACAGGUCCCUUCCACCUCUGUCCCUAUCCAGGAAGGAGUUGCUCUGCUCCCAGACCACCAGAGAACCAGACAGACAGGCUGGGAUGGAGACCAGGGUGCUGGAGAAUAGGCUCAGGGUGGGGGUAGGGGGAGAGCCCUGGCCUGGGAGGGCUCGAGAGAAAGGAGGUGGGCCCCAGGUGGUUGAGAAGGGGACAUUGGGGGCUGAGAAGGACAGGGGGAGAGGAGGCUGGUCAUGGACGGUGGGAGAGAGCUGCUGUAACACAGCUCAGUGGGUCAGGCAGAAGCAGGAAUAUAACAACACCAGACCCUGGUGACCCACAUGGAAGACACACGGACUGACAGGAAGAAGGAGAUAGAAGACGGGCUGGCUGACUGACAGAUGGAUGAAUAAGAAGCAGAACAUAGAAGACGGGCUGACUGACAGAUGGAUGAAUAAGAAGCAGGACAUAGAAGACGGGCUGACUGACAGAUGGAUGAAUAAGAAGCAGAACAUAGAAGACGGGCUGACUGACAGAUGGAUGAAUAAGAAGCAGGAGAUGGAAGACUGACUGACUGACAGAUGGAUAGAUACGAGGCAGGAGAUGGAAGACAGACGGAUGGAUGGAUAAGAAACAGGAAGUAGAGAGGAGAAAAAGACCGACUGACAGACUGAUUUAAUAGAGAUUUAGAGAAAUGGACUGUGAGCUAGAGUCGAGAUAGACGGGAAGACAGCCACAGCCAAUCCUCACCCACUCACCUUCAGCCCUCUCACCUGAUCACUGGUUAGUGGUACUAUGUCUUCUAGACAGAACAAGUGCCCUCUCACCUGAUCACUGGUUAGUGGUGCUAUGUCUUCUAGACAGAACAAGUGCCCUCUCACCUGAUCACUGGUUAGUGGUGCUAUGUCUUCUAGACAGAACAAGUGCCCUCUCACCUGAUCACUGGUUAGUGGUGCUAUGUCUUCUAGACAGAACAAGUGCCCUCUCACCUGAUCACUGGUUAGUGGUGCUAUGUCUUCUAGACAGAACAAGUGAAGGGUUUGUUUGGUAUGCAACAAUAGUCAGCCAGAUGUCACAGUAUACAUCCCAAAUGGCACCCUAUUCCCUAUGGGACCUGGUCAAAAGUAGUGCACAAUAUUGGGAAUAGGGUGCCAUUUUGGGUCAAAAGUAGUGCACUAACGUAGGGAAUAGGGUGCCAUUUGGGGCUUAGACACAGUCUGAGGGUGUGAAAUGGUGUGUUACAGUACAAUGAACAGAAUGUAGCAGUGAAUACUGAGUACUAGUCAGUAGGUUGAUGAUGGUAACGAGAACCACAGCUUUAGAGACCUACUAAAUCUGUCACAUGUACCAGCAGCAAUUCACUUGAAGCAAAAAGGCAAUGGAGCCAUGCUGGAAAUUCCAUCAGACUUUAGUUGACACGUUAAGAUGUUUUCAAUGUAGAAAUAAAUGGCCUAUGCGGAUCACAGAAAGACCUGUCCCUAAAUGUUGUUGGAAUCGCUUUACUUGUUAUGUCUGUGUUAUUUACCCAUGUAUUGAUCAUAGAUUACAUUUCAAAUCAAAUCCAAUUUUAUUUGCCACAUACACAUGGUUAGCAGAUGUUAAUGCGAGUGUAGCGAAAUGCUUGUGCUUCUAGUUCCGACAAUGCAGUAAUAACCAACAAGUAAUCUAGCUAACAAUUCCAAAACUACCACCUUAUACACAUAAGUGUAAAGGGAUAAAGAAUAUGUACAUAAAGAUAUAUGAAUGAGUGAUGGUACAGAGCGGCAUAGGCAACAGUAGAUGGUAUUGAGUGCAGUAUAUACAUAUGAGAUGAGUAUGUAAACAAAGUGGCAUAGUUAAAGUGGCUAGUGAUACAUGUGUUACAUAAAGAUGCAGUAGAUGAUAUAGAGUACAGUGUAUACAUAUGAGAUGAAUAAUGUAGGGUAAGUAACAUUAUAUUAGGUAGCAUUGUUUAAAGUGGCUAGUGAUAUAUUUGACAUAAUUUCCCAUCAAUUCCCAUUAUUAAAGUGGCUGGAGUUGAGUCAGUGUGUUGGCAGCAGCCACUCAAUGUUAGUGGUGGCUGUUUAACAGUCUGAUGGCCUUGAGAUAGAAGCUGUUUUUCAGUCUCUCGGUCCCAGCUUUGAUGCACCUGUACUGACCUCGCCUUCUGGAUGAUAGCGGGGUGAACAGGCAGUGGCUCGGGUGGUUGUUGUCCUUGAUGAUCUUUAUGACCUUCCUGUGACAUCGGGUGGUGUAGGUGUCUUGGAGGGCAGGUAGCCUCUCGAGGUUGAAGAGGCGCUGCUGCACCUUCUUCACGAUGCUGUCUGUGUGGGUGGACCAAUUCAGUUUGUCUGUGAUGUGUACGCCGAGGAACUUAAAACUUACUACCCUCUCCACUACUGUUCCAUCGAUGUGGAUAGGGGGGUGAUUACCUAAAUGUUGAUAUUGUGCUUUGUGUUUCCCUCAUGUCCCCUCUACACCCUUGAACCUCCUGCACUGCCCUCUACUGGCUAAAUCCGGUACUGCAGUAUCACGAGAACUCAACAGGCAGUCAAGUACAAGACAGGGUUGUGUUCAUUCGGCACCAAAACUGAAGACAAUUUAGUUAAAUGGGGUGGAACAACUUGGACUUGUCCAAUAAGAAAUGGCCAUUAUUGUUUUGUUUCAAAACGUUUUGUGUAUAGUUUGUAUAGUGUGCCCUAAUGAACACAACCCUGCUUCCCCACACACAUAGAUAUCAUCCCCAAAACAUUGGUGUCCUGAUUACAUAUGUUAAACAUUCACGACCAAUGCCGCGUUUACCUUUAGUCGGAACUAGGUAACUCUUGACAUUUCCGACUUGCUAACUGGUUGUAGUUACACUGGUUGUAAGGAAUACCUAGGAUAGGAUAAAGUAAUCCUUCUCACCCCCCCCCCUUAAAAGAUUUAGAUGCACUAUUGUAAAGUGGCUGUUCCACUGGAUGUCAUAAGGUGAACGCACCAAUUUGUAAGUCGCUCUGGAUAAGAGCGUCUGCUAAAUGACUUAAAUGUAAAUGUUGUAGUAUUCAACCAGUUAGCAAGUCGGACAUUUCAGAGUUUCCUAGUUUCCUACAGCACGUGAAUGCGACGUUAGUACCAUCAAGCUACAACGUCGGAAGCCCCACCUACACUGAACAAAAAAUAAACACAACAUGUAAAGUGUUGGUCCCAUGUUUCAUGAGCUGAAAUAAAAGAUCCCAGAAAAAGUACCAUAUGCACAAAAAGCUAAUUUCUCUCAUAUUUUCUACACAAAUGUGUUAAUAUCCUUGUUAGUGAGCAUUUCUCCUUUGCCAUGAUAAUCCAUCCACCUGACAGGUGUGGCAUAUCAAGAAGCUGAUUAAACAGCAUGAUCAUUACACAGGUGCACCUUGCGCUGGGGACAAUAAAAGCCCAUUCUAAAAUGUGCCGUUUUGCCACAGCACAAUGCCACAGAUGUCUCCAGUUUUGAGGGAGCGUGCAAUUGGCAUGCUGACUGCAGGAAUGUCCACCAGAGCUGUUGCCAGAUAAUUUAAUGGAAUUUCUCUACCACAAGCAGCUUCCAAUGUAGUUGUAGAGAAUUUGGCAGCAUGUCCAACCGGCCUCACAACCGCAGACCCACGUGUAACCACUCCAGCCCAGGACCUCCACAGACCCAGGUGUAACCACUCCAGCCCAGGACCUCCACAGACCCACGUGUAACCACUCCAGCCCAGGACCUCCACAGACCCAGGUGUAACCACUCCAGCCCAGGACCUCCACAGACCCACGUGUAACCAGCCCAGGACCUCCACAGACCCACGUGUAACCACUCCAGCCCAGGACCUCCACAGACCCACGUGUAACCACUCCAGCCCAGGAUCUCCACAGACCCACGUGUAACCACCACUCCAGCCCAGGACCUCCACAGACCCACGUGUAACCACUCCAGCCCAGGACCUCCACAGACCCACGUGUAACCACUCCAGCCCAGGACCUCCACAGACCCAUGUGUAACCACUCCAGCCCAGGACCUCCACAGACCCACGUGUAACCACUCCAGCCCAGGACCUCCACAGACCCAGGUGUAACCACUCCAGCCCUUGACCUCCACAGACCCACGUGUAACCAGCCCAGGACCUCCACAGACCCACGUGUAACCACUCCAGCCCAGGACCUCCACAGACCCACGUGUAACCACUCCAGCCCAGGAUCUCCACAGACCCACGUGUAACCACCACUCCAGCCCAGACCUCCACACAGACCCACGUGUAACCACCACUCCAGCCCAGGACCUCCACAGACCCACGUGUAACCACCACUCCAGCCCAGGACCUCCACAGACCCACGUGUAACCACUCCAGCCCAGGACCUCCACAGACCCACGUGUAACCACUCCAGCCCAGGACCUCCACAGACCCAUGUGUAACCACUCCAGCCCAGGACCUCCACAGACCCACGUGUAACCACUCCAGCCCAGGACCUCCACAGACCCAUGUGUAACCACUCCAGCCCAGGACCUCCACAGACCCACGUGUAACCAGCCCAGGACCUCCACAGACCCACGUGUAACCACUCCAGCCCAGGACCUCCACAGACCCAGGUGUAACCACUCCAGCCCAGGACCUCCACAGACCCACGUGUAACCACUCCAGCCCAGGACCUCCACAGACCCACGUGUAACCAGCCCAGGACCUCCACAGACCCACGUGUAACCACUCCAGCCCAGGACCUCCACAGACCCAGGUGUAACCACUCCAGCCCAGGACCUCCACAGACCCACGUGUAACCACUCCAGCCCAGGACCUCCACAGACCCACGUGUAACCACUCCAGCCCAGGACCUCCACAGACCCACGUGUAACCACUCCAGCCCAGGACCUCCACAGACCCAGGUGUAACCACUCCAACCCAGGACCUCCACAGACCCAUGUGUAACCACUCCAGCCCAGGACCUCCACAGACCCACGUGUAACCAGCCCAGGACCUCCACAGACCCAUGUGUAACCACUCCAGCCCAGGACCUCCACAGACCCACGUGUAACCACUCCAGCCCAGGACCUCCACAGACCCACGUGUAACCACUCCAGCCCAGGACCUCCACAGACCCACGUGUAACCACUCCAGCCCAGGACCUCCACAGACCCACGUGUAACCACCACUCCAGCCCAGGACCUGCACAGACCCACGUGUAACCACUCCAGCCCAGGACCUCCACAGACCCACGUGUAACCACUCCAGCCCAGGACCUCCACAGACCCACGUGUAACCACUCCAGCCCAGGACCUCCACAUCCGGCUUCUUCCCUUGAGGGAUCGUCUGAGACCAGCUACCCAGACAGCUGAUGAAACUGAGUAUUUAUGUCUGUAAUAAAGCCAUUUUGUGAGGGGAAAUGUAUUCUGAUUGGUUGGGGCCUGGCUCCCAAGUCGAUGGGUCUGUGCACACCCACGGCUCGCACCUCUGCCCAGUCACGUGAAAUCCAUAGAUUAGGGACUAAUGAAUUUAUUUCAAUUGACUGAUUUCCUCAUAGGAACUUUUAACUCAGUAAAAUUGUUGAAAUUGUUACAUCUUCGUGUUUAUAUAUAUUUUUUUAUCAGUGUAGUUCUACAAUUUAUCUUCUUAAAAUCUGAUUUUGAAACCCAAACAUUAAUCCCCGGGUUUUCGUAGGUUACUUUCUAAAUGUAAUCCGUUACUAUAGUAACCUGUACAAAAUUGUAAUCAGUAACGUAACUUUUGGAUUACCCAAACUCAGCAACGUAAUGAUUACUUUCAGUUAUGCUAGCAGAUCCCCAUAGACUUCCAUUCAUUGCGCUGAUGCUAGUUAGCAUUGGCUCGCGAAACUACCUCAAACUUCCUUCAUACUGGACACAGAGAUGUAUAGUUUAUUUCCUUAGCGUUACUUAGCAACCGCACAGUGUUUAGACAGAUAGCACUGAGAUCCACCUAUAAUGACCAACGACUACUGUCAUAUGUACACAACAUCUAGGUGCAUUUAUUUAUCUUUAAAAAUAGUUUGACAAAACCACAUUCAAAACUAGGUACAAAGAAAUUAUACACACGAAAUAAAUGAUUAUAUUUGUUUAUCUGUUGGAUUCUCUUCAGAUUACUGUUUAAAAAUAUGUACAAUGGAGCAUAAAGUGAAAGGGUUUCUCUCUUGGUUUUCAUACGCUGUUUAGCACACUGCAGUCACAUAAGAACAGCAUCAAACCAACACGGACUUUGUUUUGCCAGAGGCCUGAUGGGAUCUCCUUUUUGUGUUAUUGUAAUGGAAGAUGGUUUACUUGGAAGCAAUACAAUUGUUUUGAAUUAUCUAGCGACAAACGAUCUGUCUUGAUAUGUUAAUAAAACCAUCCAUCUGAUCUGAGGGAUUAUAAGGUGACAUCUUUGAAAAGGAAUCUCUUUUUGCAAAAAGAGUUCCUGGAGGCAAUCUUUAAAUAGGUUACUUCCUUGUGCGGGCCACCCUCCUCCACCCUCUACCAGUGUGGCCUGCUUUGGGUUUCACAAAAUGCCUUGUCCUUUUUUAACUAGUGUGGCAUCUUGCUCUACUUGUUUUUUCCUUUGUCUCCGCUGUCGGAAUUCCAUACGUGCUCAUUGGACCGUGGGCGACCUAUCGGCUUCUUAGCUGCUCUGCUAUGAAUGAUGCCAACAAAAAGAGGAUGUUUAAUGAUUACAAACGCUGAUAAUCGGCAGUUUCACACUCACUAAGUCAUGGAAGAAACAGGUCCCUGUCUCGUAACCUCUGUUGCUCGAUUGGCAAGCUCCUUCAAUCCAAAACCCAUGGCAUUCCCUGCUGCCAUUUCCCCAAGCUCCUUCACACCCUAAGCAGAACAGAACCUAACAGAACCCCCUGGGUUAUGUUCAUUAGGCACUGAAACAGAAAGGGACUACCUGGACUUGUCCAAUAAGGAACUCUCAUUUUUGUUUU